AUGGGAGGGCUUAUGUUGCUGCUCUUGAUGAGCUCGCAACUCCGUUUGCUAUCCAGUGUGGGCGUUGGCAUCUUGGUCGGCACGUCGAUGAUCGUUAUCAUCCCCGAAGGCAUUGAAGCUGUCACGACGACCGGCGGGCACUCGCAUAGCAAGAGGAACUUGUUGGCUCCAGCAGACAAACAAGGGACGCUUGGUGUGAGGUGGGCGGCAGGCGACGAUGUCCCCCAACUAGCAACCGCCGCGAGGUCCAUGGGAUUGGCGGAGGAGCUUCAUAACCUUGGCCGCGAUACCGAGCACAUUGAGAAGCUGCGCAGUAGAGAGGAGCACGGCACCCACGGUCAUGACCAGCAGCAGCAGCAGCCUCCGUCGGGCCCCGAACCCCACCAAAGCGAGGAGGGACACAAAGAGGUGCCGACAUUCUACAUCGGUCUCUCCAUGGUCCUCGGCUUCGUCCUCAUGUUCUUGAUCGACAGGCUGCCGCGGCACGCGACGGAUCGAAUGCAGUCUGAGCCGCAGAUGCGCCACGUUAGCUUGGACAAUCUGGGGGGGCCAUCCACUAUCGGCGACGAGGAGACGGAAGGCUUCCUCGGCCCCCUGGCACCCCCACCGAAGCAGUCACGGAGCCUCGCGACAACCAUUGGUUUGGUUAUCCACGCAGCAGCGGACGGCAUCGCCAUGGGAGCAUCGACCUCAACAUCCAACACAAAACUGGGUCUCAUCAUCUUUGUUGCCAUCAUGGUGCACAAGGCACCGGCAGCGUUCGGUCUGACGUCGGUUCUCCUCAAGCAGGGCCUAUCCAAGCGGACGGCACGAGGACACCUGAUCGUCUUCAGCCUUGCUGCGCCUUUUGGGGCUCUGAGUACAUGGGCGGUCAUCAGAAUCCUGGGUGGCGGCAACUUUGAGGGAGACUCUGGCCAGUGGUGGACCGGCAUGCUUCUGCUCUUCUCCGCGGGAACGUUCCUUUUUGUUGCGAUGCACGCGAUGCAGGAAGACGGCAGCUCUGCGAAGCACGAACACGGCGGCACCAACGGCUAUGCGGAUGGAGGCGGCGUCCCAAAAGCACAGCAGCGGCCGCAGAUGCGCGAUACCUUUGCGACAGUCGCCGGCAUGCUCUUGCCCCUUCUCACGCAGUUUGGGCAUCACCAUUGA